AUGGAGAAGUUCACAGAAUCACCACCAACCUUGCAGGUAGAGCAUUCCUCCCUUUGGGCAGAUGAUCUGAUUCUAGAGCCACAAGUGCAGCACCUGACUGACGACAGUACUGCUCUAAGGGGUCAAGUCAUGCCUACCUUGGCCACCCCAAUGAUGCCUGUAUCCUGCUCACUUGAGCAUCCCAGCCAGUUUCAUGUUGACCCUGCCAAUCUCUCAGGGUUUCUUGCUCAGGCAACUACCUACUUGACAGCUCUCAAGACCCCUAACCCUGCAGAUGAUGUCCAGGUCAAGUUUUUUUUUGACUAUAUAUCUCAGCAGGUGGAAAGAUGUAGGAUCCUACCUGGGUCUGACCAGAGUACUCUGCUGAAACAAUAUGAGAACUUUGUUUCUGAGUUCCAGCAGUCAUUUGGUGAGCCCACAAAACAGGAAAUGAACCCUCUGGUGAAUGCUAAACUUGACAAAGGGAAUGACUCCUUUCAACAGUACGCUACCACCUUCCAGCUCCUUGCUGAAAAUAUCAGCUGUAAUAAAACCAUUCUGAGUGACCAGCUCCAAGAGGGACUGGCUGACCCCAUCCAGGAUGAAGUGAGUGGUACAGAUAUGAUGGAAAACCUCCCAGACCUGAUUACUCAGUGCAUUCAGUUGGACAGGAAACGUAGUGACAGGCCAGAGCUCCUACAGUCAGAGGCACAGCUUCCAAGGCUGGCUUCCCUGGUUCACCACCAAUAUCUCUCCAGUCCCACAGGUCCACCAGCCAAGGAAGAGCCUACACAGCUGCGGGGAGGCCAGCUGCCUCUCACACCAGCCAAGCGAGCCCGCCAGCAAGAAACCCAGUUUUGCCUCUACUGCAGCCAGCCUGGCCACUUCACAAAAGAUUGCCUCGCCAAACGUUCUCGAGCCCCAGCAAGGUCAAAUAACCCAACUCACCAGUAA